AUGGGCAAAAAGACCGUCACUUUCGCUGAUGGGAUUAAUACCGAAAAUUAUGAAACGUCUUAUGCAAAAUUAAAGAAUAUUUUAUCUAAUAAAGCCAAAGGAUUAACUGAUCCAGUGAAAAAUGUCGAGGAUAAAUGGGAGUUGUUACCUGCUUUUCUAAAAGUCAAGGGACUAGUAAAGCAACAUAUAGAUUCUUUUAAUUUCUUUGUUGAAACCGAAUUAAAGAAGAUCAUUCGCGCAAAUGAUAUGAUUACUUCGGAUGUUGAUCCAGCUUUUUGGCUAAA